AUGGAGGUUCCCACAGCCAGUCGUGCUGCAAUUGUUCUAGAUGAGGACUUUGAUGUCGACGUGCCCUUGAAGAUUGUGGGCCUGAAAGCAGCAUCUCACCUGAACGAGAAGACCUGCUACAUUCACAAGUUUAACAACGAGACUCAGAGAUAUGAGGUGAAGCUAGUAGAGUCCAACCAGAUCAAAAGCGUGCAGCCAGCGAACCUCCAGCCUUUGUCGGGCGUUGACGAAGUCGCGGCUUGGGCCCAGCUGCUGCAGCGACAGGAUUUGGUGGCGCAGGAAGGGCUCGUUCCUCUGAAUCGCCUCGAGAAGCUGCAGAUCACCAUUGAGAUUCUCACACAGACCAACGUCGGGAAGAUCGUGAACGACUUCGCAAAGCGCUUCAUACAGAGCGAUGCCAGCGUGAAGGCACGGCAGCUUGUGUCCACCUGGCGCGUGAACUUCGCAAAGCAGAAGGAAGAGGUGGAAAAGUCCGCUUCUGGAAAGGGACAGGGGCAGGCCGGGCAGUCUGGCCACCGGAGGAAGUUGGGCCCCGUGGGCCCUAACGGCCGUCCGAGAGACAGCAAAGCCAAGCCUACCUCGACCUCUGCGAACACGUCGGCGGCCCCUGCGGGCCCAGGCGCUACUCGGGCGAGUGCGAAAGCUUCGGCUGGCGCUAAAGACGGGGCGACUGCGACUUCGGUGCCAGUGCCAGUGAAGAAAAUGUCGUGUCCGCAGGAUGCCAAAGGUCUCUUGGAAGCGAUGCGCGCUGCCAACACGGCAGAGGCACGAUUGGCCACUCUCGCGGCUUUAGACCAGUCGCCCAAACAUUGCAUGCGGCAAUUUGUCGACGACGGCGGCCUGGAGAUCUUGGAUUUCUGGCUGCGAAAGAACCCUGAAGCACGACAUACCUGUCUCCUCGUUCUGCAGAGGCUUCCUGUAGCUCUACACAGUCUUCAGAAAUCCAAGCUGAUCACUUCCGUGACAGGGAUCUUUGACCAGGAGGUGGAGAAAGAGAACUCAAAGCAAGCCGAGGCCCUUUUGGCGCGAUGGAGGUCCGCCGGCUUCCUUCCGAGACUUCCAGAAGAGCGCCAAACGACGCCGAAUGGGCGCCUUCCGGGAACGGAAGCCGCGCCCGCGGCGCCCGCGGCGCCGGUGCCCCUUCUUCCCGUGACGGUCAGGCCCGAGGUCAAAGAGAGCCAGGACUCGGAGCCCGCGCCGCGCGAGGUGCCGGCGCCGAGGACUCCGCCGCUGAGCGAGCUGCCAGCAGCUCGACCGGAAAGCAUCCCACCGGAACUGCGGAACCUCGAUCCUCGCAUCGCCUUGGUCUUGAUGGAGAAUCCUGACAUGCUUGAGUUUCUGAAGAAGCAUCCAUCCGUCUUCGCAAACAUGAAUGUAGACAGCCUCGCCUAUAUCGGGCGCAACCUCAAGAAUGCACGCAGCUCUCUGCAAGCACAGGACAGCAGCGACGCCACAGGCCGCACCGUGACCAUCUCAAACCUUACCGAGCUCACGACUGAGACAGACAUCGUGAAUUUCUUCGCAGCCGUCCAGCUGACAGCCGAGAAAGUGGACCUUCCUCGCGAGAGCCGACGGAAGCGGCCGUGUGGCACCGCCUUUGUGGUGCUUCCCUCAUCGGAGCAGGCAUUGCUGGCGGUGUCGACGCUGAACGGGCAGCUCCUAAACGGGAAGAGCGUGCCCGUGGAGUUGGUGGAUGGCUCCCUAGACGACGGCGGACAGGGCGAGAGGCGCAGUGGCGAGGGUGAGGGCGGUGAUGGCCCCAGCCAGCGAGGAUCCAAGCGAGUUCGUUGGCGCGACGACGACGAGCUCUGGCAGGUCGUGGUCUUCUCAACCAAGGAAAAGGUCCAUGAUCUGAAGCAAAGGAUGGAGAAGCAGGACUUCGCAGCACCGAGUGCCAAGGCCGCGAAGCACUCCAGAACGGCCACUGCAAGUUUCGAGGCUGCAAGACGGGUGGAUAUGGAGCUGGAGAGGCGACAUGCCCCAAAGGCCUUGGCCAGCAAUGUCUACGUCUCACUUGCUGCGGGCUGA